AUGGCCGGAGCCGCGCCCUCAGCGUGGCUGCCGCUGCUGCUGACGCUGCUGUCGCCGUCCUGGGCACCCCUGGGAGCCGCGGCCAUAAGCGUGCAGGCGCCCGCCCAGGUGCGAGGCUUCUUGGGCAACUCAGUGAUGCUGCCGUGCCACCUGCAGCCGCUGGAGCCCAACCUGCAGGUGACGCUGGUGACGUGGAUACGGCGGGGCCCGGCGGGCAGAGACCGCAGUGUGGCAGUCUUCCACCCCGUGCGGGGACCCAACGUCUCCGAGCCCGGGAGGUUGGAGUUCGCGGCCGCCAGGCCAGGCGCGGAGCUGCUGGACGCAUCGCUGGUCGUGUCCGGGCUGCGCGCCGAGGACGAAGCCAAUUACACCUGCCAGUUCGCCACGUUCCCGCAGGGCAGCAGGAGCGCGCGCACCUGGCUCCGCGUGCUCGCCAAGCCCCACAGCACAGUUGAGGCCCAGGAGGUCCCACUCAGCCCGCUCACCCGGGGGCCUGUGCCUGUGGCCCGCUGCAUCUCCACAGGGGGCCGCCCACCUGCCCGAAUCACCUGGUCCUCACACCUGCACGGGAUGGCCAAUAAGAGCCAGGUGCCCGGGCCCCUGCCCAGCACGUUCACCGUCACCAGCCUCUUAACCUUGAUGCCCUCAAGCCAGGCAGAUGGCAAGAAUGUCACCUGCAGGGUGGAGCAUGAGAGCUUUGAGGAGCCGGAGCUGCUGCCUGUGAUCCUCACCCUGCGCUACCCCCCUGAGGUCUCCAUCUCCGGCUACGAUGGCAACUGGUACCUUGGCCUCAGUGGGGCCACCCUGAACUGUGAUGUCUACAGCAACCCAGAACCCACAGGCUAUGACUGGAACACGUGAGUUGUGUGGACCCAGACUCCUGGGUCUGAGGGAGGAGGGGGAUGCAUUAAGGUAAAAAGAGAGAAAGAGGUCGACUUUGGACCCUCAGUAAAAUUUUUGUAUGACAAUUGCAGAGCUUCCAAGGUGGUUUAGUCCAGGUUCAUCGAUACACCUGUUCUUUACAGUGUGCCUGCUCUGCACUGAAUACUUCCUCUCAUUCCAUGUGAUUCCCACACCGUGCACAAUCAGCCGGGUUAAAGGGCAGCCAUGAGAGAGCACUCAGCUCUCAAAUCCAUGUCUGGCUCCAAAACUGAUCCUCCUAGCCUCUGGGCUGUACCACAGCCAUCACCUCAUGUAACCUGCUCAGUCAUCUCCAACGAAGCAAGUACUAUCCCUUUGCCUAGAUGAGAAAGUUAAGGCUCAGAGCAAUGAGGAGCUCUCCCAAAAUUAAGGCUGGAGUUAAGAGUGGGGGAGGAAAAGACAAAGGGAUAAAUUAUUUUACUAAAUUUUUAUUGGGCAUUUUUCCUUAUUUCAAAUUAUCCUGUGACCAUUGUAGAAACUUCAAACAGUUCAGUCAAGAGCAAAAACAAAAUAGAGCCUGUAGUCAAGUGUACCCAACCACCUCCAGAAAUAUCCACUGUUACCUUGUUAUGUAUCUUUCCUGUCUUUUUUCUCUGUUUCUAAACAAAAUCUGGAAUUGUGCUGAAUGUACAGUUUUGAAACUUACUCUAUCUUGUGAACACCUUUCCAUGUCAAAGAACAUAGAUCCACAAUCCCAUUCUUCUUGACAUUUAUUAGGAAAAUUUUCAAACAUCCAGAAAAACCAUAAGAAUUUUCCAAUGAGCA